AUUAUUCUUUUUUGAAAUUUCAGGGGGAAAAAAAAACAAGAAGGCUCAUUUGGUUUUAUGAUUUGUAUCUUUUAAUAACCUUAACGCUAAAAAGAGGUGUAUUCAGUUUUUCAUCAGGUGUUUAUUGGUCACCUUCUAAUUUAGACAGGUCGUCUUCUCCAACUGCAAAACUUAAACCCUAGCCGACCACGAAGAACCCUUAAACCCUACAUAUCAACCACCCUCACCUGCAAGUCCAGGGCUUUAGCUGAUGAUUGUUCCUUUUUUGGGUACGACAUAAUUGGAAUAUUAAUUUAAAAUUUAGAUUUUAUUUUUUAUUUUUUAUUUUUUGUUCUUCGGUUGCUUAUUGGGCUAUGAAGCUAAUGCAGGCCAGUUGUUUGAUCUUUUUUCCCACGGCUAUCAUGGUUGCAAUGGCAGUUAAUAAGAAAAACGGCCCAAAGGAGCGGCAGCAGAAGGCUCAAUGACUGUCUUCCUCCAAAAAAAGAAGCAAAAUAAAAUUUCAAUUGGCCGGAAUUGUGUUCCAAUCUUAAAUCCAGUACUAAUGGAAUUGUUGUUUUAGAAUUACUCAAUGUAUGUAAAUUUUGUAUGCUUUUGAUGAUCAUCAGGAUGCUGGUAUCAAUGUGGCCCUGUCAGUUCUAAUGGAAGUUUUGGAAUUGCCUCCGUAGUUGUACUUAAUGUCUAGCAUCCUUGAAGAGGGAAUGCUUCUUUGGUUGAGAUUGAAGAGGUUUAAUCAGCUUACUCAAAUCCCUCAUAAGCCCCCAUCAAGUUUCAGUGUUCCUGUUAGAUCAUUUAGCCGAUCGCAUCAAUCUUCGGAAACUAAAAACAAAAUUGAAAGGAUUGUUAGAGUUAUUAAUGACCAUCCCUUUCCUGAUCAACCACUUCAAAGCACUCUUCUCCGGAAUAUCCCACCAUCUGCCCUUUCCACCAUCUUUGUUGAGAGUGUUCUUGGUCGCCUCUUUGCAGCCCAUUCUAAUGGUCUUAAGGCCCUUGAAUUCUUCAAAUUUUCUCUCGACCAUUCUCAGUUCAGUCCUAGUUCAGAUGCUUUUGAGAAGACACUGCACAUUCUCACAAGGAUGCGCUAUUUUGAUAGGGCUUGGUGGUUGAUGGAGAGAAUCAGAAGCACACAUCCUUCAUUGCUUACGCUUAAAUCAAUGAGUAUCAUGCUGUCAAAGAUUUCAAAGUUUCAAUCUUAUGAAUCUACACUUGAAGCAUUUGAAAAGAUGGAGAAUGAUAUUUUUGUUGGGCGGAAAUUUGGUAUCAAUGAGUUUAAUGUACUUCUUCAGGCAUUUUGCACUCAGAGACAGAUGAAGGAGGCACGAUCCGUGUUCCAAAAGAUGCAUUCUCGAUUUUCCCCUGAUACAAAGACCAUGAAUAUCUUGCUUUUAGGAUUUAAGGAAACAGGAGAUAUUACUGCAGUAGAACUUUUCUAUCAUGAGAUGGUUAGAAGAGGUUUUGAACCAAAUAUUGUAACUUAUAACAUCAGAAUCGAUGCUUACUGCAAGAGGGGUUGUUUUGGCGAUGGUUUAAGACUUCUUGAAGAAAUGGAACGAGCAAAUCUGUUGCCUACUCUAGAAACAAUCACUACUUUGAUUCAUGGAGCAGGGGUUGCUCGAAAUCCGAUUAAGGCUCGACAAUUAUUUGAAGAGAUUUCUUUGAGAAAUUUAAAUCCUGAUACUGGGGCUUAUAAUGCUUUGAUGAGUUCAUUUUUCAGGUGUAAAGAUGUGGAGUCGGCAGUUGCCUUAAUGAAUGAGAUGGAAAAGAAAUGCAUAGAUUAUGAUUCUGUGGCCUAUCACACCAUGUUUUUUGGGUUAAUGAGGACAGCCGGCUUUGAGAGUGUUUCUCAGCUUUAUUACAAAAUGGUUGAAAGGAAUUUUGUGCCUAAAACACGAACAGCAGUGAUGUUAAUGAAAUAUUUCUGUCAAAAUUGUCGGGUCGAUUUGGGUCUACAUUUAUGGGGAUACCUGGUGGAGAAAGGAUGCUGUCCUCAUGGUCAUGCAUUGGACUUGUUAUUGACAGCGCUGUGCUCAAGAGGGUCGGUGAUAGAAGCUUUUGAAUGCUCCAAGCAGAUGUUGGAGAGAGGGAGGUAUAUAAGUGAAGCUGCAUUUCGGAUGUUGGAGGGGUUUUUGCUGAAGGAGGGUGAGAUAGAUAAGUUAAGAAGGCUACAGGAGAUGACCAAGAAAUUGCACACAUAUUUACCUCCAUUAAGAGGCAAUUUUGUAAAUAUCCCUCUUUCUACAUGAGGGAACUCAUUGGAAAUGAAUGAAGAUUGUGAUAUGGAGGAUUUUUCCAACAAUGGCAACGUCACCAGAUGAGUUCUUAAAUGAUGAUAGGAUUUUUAUUGAAAUUUUGUGUGUAUAGUCUUGUAUUUAGUAUAUAAAUAAUAAAAAAUGUCAUAAUAUUUUUUA